AUGGAGAAGAAGGUUAGAUCUGCUGAUGGAAAAGACUUUGUUUUCUUGUUCAAGGGCUCCCCCUUGAAUGACUUCCUCUAUCCAUUCAAGAAGGCAGCGAACCAAUGGGUGGCUAGAUACAUUAUUGUCAUAUUUGCCGUAAUUAUACGGUGCGCUGUUGGCUUGGGCUCGUACUCUGGAGAGAACACUCCUCCAAUGUUUGGUGAUUUUGAAGCACAGCGUCAUUGGCUGGAAAUCACCACAAGCUUGCCAAUGACACAAUGGUACUUUUACGACCUGGAAUACUGGGGCCUGGACUACCCACCUUUGACUGCUUUUCAUUCCUGGUUUUUGGGGAAAAUCGGAAACCUGAUAGACAGCAGCUGGUUUUUGUUGGAUGAAUCCCGUGGAAUAGAAAGCAUUGAUUUAAAAUCAUUCAUGCGGUUGACUGCGCUGUUCUCGGAAUUAGCAUGCUAUAUCCCCGCAGUCAUAAUUUAUACACGAUGGAUGGGACGAUACUACAAUAAAGCUCCUUCCAUUGAUCAAACAAUCAUUGCUGCCGCCAUAUUAUUUCUGCCAGAUCUUAUUAUCAUAGACCACGGACAUUUCCAGUAUAACUCGAUAAUGCUAGGUUUAUCCUUGCUUGCUUUGAAUAACUUGCUCUCUGACAAGUUAGCGCUGGCGUCUGUCUUGUUCACAUUAUCGAUAGGCUUCAAGCAAAUGGCGCUUUACUAUGCUCCCAUCUUUUUCUUUUACUUGCUUUCAUUGUGUUUUUUCCCACGCUUCAAAUUAACACGACUGGUCUAUAUUGCUGUAUCGGUGCUAAGUGCGUUGGCAUUCCUUUUUGGACCAUUCUUGUAUGCUGGUGGAAUAGUUCAAGUGAGACAGAUUUUUUUGAGAAUGUUCCCCUUCAAUAGAGGUAUAUUUGAGGAUAAAGUUGCAAAUUUCUGGUGUGCCACCAACGUGAUUAUAAAAUACAGAACAAUUUUUUCAACUGCCCAGCUGAAAAGCCUCUCUUUACUUCUUACAAUCCUAGGGAUGUCCCCAUCAUGUUAUGUCAUAUUUGUUACUCAUAGUAAAAGACUUUUAUCGUGGUGUCUUGCUUCCUGCUCGAUGUCUUUUUUCUUGUUUUCCUUCCAAGUUCAUGAAAAGUCAAUAUUGCUACCCUGGAUGCCAAUCACCUUACUAUUGAAUGAAGUAGACCCUGAUGUUAUUUCCAUGGUUUGCUGGUUUUGUAAUGUCAGUUUGUUUUCUAUGACACCGCUCUUGAAAAAAGAUGGACUUGUUUUGCAAUAUCUGGUUUUGGGAUUAUUGAGUAACUGGCUCAUGGGAAAUUUGAGUUGGGUACGUAAAUACACUAACUAUUUUAUUCCUUUUGUUUCGAAAAGGAAAAAUGCAAUUCCAGUUCUUCCACACAGCUGGUUUUGGAGAAUAAUUAUCGUUGGAUUUUACUUCUUUGCUGCAUUAUCACUUUAUCUUGAUUGCUUUGUUCCUCCACCAGCUAAUCUUCCAGAUUUGUGGGUUAUCAGUAACGUUCUAGUUUCUUUUGUGUCUUUUGGUUUGAUUUACCUUUGGCUCAAUUACAAAAUUUUCCAAAUUUAUAGCUCCAAACUAAAGCUACAAUAA